UGCUGCGGGCGGGGGCCGCCGCCGCUCAGCCCCGGUGCCGGUCCCGGGCCGGAGGGCGCCCGCUGAGCCCGGCCCGGCCAUGGGGGCUUUGACCAGCCGACAAAACGCAGGGGUGGAGGAGGUGGAUAUCCCCGCUAAUUCCGUCUAUAGGUACCCCCCGAAAUCCGGGAGCUACUUUGCCAACCACUUCAUCAUGGGAGGCGAGAAGUUCGACUCGACGCACCCCGAGGGUUACCUCUUCGGAGAGAACAGCGACCUCAACUUCUUGGGGAACCGACCCGUGGUGUUCCCUUACGCUGCUCCACCUCCUCAGGAACCCGUGAAGACCCUCCGGAGCCUGAUCAACAUCCGCAAGGACACACUGCGCCUCGUCAAGUGUUCGGAGGAGGUGAAGACCCCAGGGGAAGAGGUCAGCAAAUCCAAGGUGCACUACAACGUGGAGUUCACCUUUGACACAGACGCCCGCGUGGCCAUAACCAUCUACUAUCAGGCCAGCGAGGAGUUCCACAAUGGGGUGGCAAGCUACGUCCCCAGGGACACCAGCCUGCAGUCGGAGACGGUGCACUACAAGAGAGGUGUGUGCCAGCAGUUCUGUGUGCCCUCCCACACUGUUGACCCCUCCGAAUGGAGCGAGGAGGAGCUGGGCUUUGACCUGGACCGGGAAGUGUUCCCCAUGGUGGUGCAUGCAGUGGUGGAUGAAGGCGAUGAGCACGCCGGGCACAGCCACGUGCUGCUGGCAACCUUUGAGAAGCAUGCUGACGGCACUUUCUGCGUGAAGCCCCUCAAGCAGAAGCAAGUGGUGGAUGGGGUGAGCUACCUCCUGCAGGAGAUCUAUGGCAUCGAGAACAAGUACAACACACAGGACUCCAAGGUGGCUGAGGAUGAGGUGAGCGAUAACAGCGCUGAGUGCGUCGUCUGCCUCUCGGAUGUCCGUGACACCCUCAUCCUGCCCUGCCGUCACCUCUGCCUCUGCAACACCUGUGCUGACACCCUGCGCUACCAGGCCAACAACUGCCCCAUCUGCAGGCUGCCUUUCCGAGCCUUGCUUCAAAUCCGAGCCAUGAGGAAAAAGCUGGGGCCCCUCUCGCCCACCAGCUUCAACCCCAUCAUCUCCUCACAGACCUCUGACUCUGAAGAGCACUCGUCCUCGGAGAACAUCCCCCCAGGCUACGAGGUGGUGUCGCUGCUUGAGGCCCUCAAUGGGCCACUGACUCCCUCACCGGGUGCAGGGCCCAUGCGGAUGCUUGGGGAUGGCCCCCCCACUGCAGGACCACUGCCCUCCUACAGCAGUACCGGCCGCCUGCCCCCCCUGCGGGCCCUCUCACCCCUUGAGCGGCUCUCAGAAUGUGCCCCACCAGGGCUCAAGCUGAAGAAAAGCCUCUCCAAGUCGGUAUCCCAGAACUCCUCCAUCCUGCCCGAAGAGGAGGAUGAGAAGUCGUGCACUGAGUCAGAACCGAGGGUCUGCAGGAGGAAAUCCCCUGCCCGGCUGGAGGAGGAGUGUGGCAUGACACCAGAGAGCGAGAACCUCACGCUGUCCUCAUCGGGAGCCAUUGACCAGUCCUCAUGCACCGGGACCCCGCUGUCCUCCACCAUCUCAUCUCCAGAAGAAGCUGCCAGCAGCAGCCUGGCCCAGUCUGUCAUGUCCAUGGCGUCCUCCCAGAGCCAGCACUCACAGAUCAGCACUGACACCGUCUCCUCCAUGUCCGGCUCCUACGUGGCCCCUGGCACAGAGGAAGAAGGGGACAUGCUCCCCUCACCUGCAGCCGCCAGUGCCACCGCCUCUGAUGGAGAGUCGACACCCGUGGAGUCUCCAGAUUUAAACUUUGUCAGCAUCUCAGAGGAGCACGAUGCCGAGGGCAAUGACGUGCUGGAGGAUGAGGAUGUGUCACCCACACAGGAAGAUGGCCCGAGGACAGGCGCUUUCCUCGGUCUGAGGUGUGACAAUAACAAUGACUUGAGCAUCGCACACGUGAAAGCGCUGGACAAUAAACUGUGCUCUGAGGCCUGCUUACCUGCUGCAGUGCCGGACUCCUGCCCCAUUGACAUUGAGGAAUAGGCCCAGAGGCAGCCAACACCAGUGUGUGGCUCUCGUGCCCUCCCCCCUGGUAUCAGCCACCCGGAGCAGGCAGCAGCCAUGGGAGCCCUGCCCAUGGGUGGGCUCAGCCUGGGGGACUCGCAGCCCCCUGCCAUACAGAGGGUCCCAGGCACUGCCACCUCCACCUUCGGCCAUUGGAAUGAUGGUAACCUCGAAUUUUCCUCCCUGUCCCCCACUGCGGGAUGGCCGGGUGCUGUGUCACCUCGGAGCCCCUCCAUCAGCACCUUCCCUUCCCCUUUUCACACCAAGGUUGGGCUGGGGUCCUCCUCCUGCCCCAUGUGGGGUCUUGGGGCAUAGCCAGAGGGGAACGACGGCAGGAAAGUGUCUAUGUUGUGUGUUAAGGACAAGUGUCAGCAUUAGCAGCCAAGGUUCACUCUGGUGACCAUGGUGGGAGGCUGGACCCCCCCCGGGAUGCUGACACAUCCCUGUGCCAUGCCAUGGGAUGUCCCAGCGGUGGUGAUGGAGCUCCCCCCCAUCCCCUCUCUCCUCAUGGGCAGCGUGUGGGUUCCCACAGGGGCGACUUGUGCCCAGGGAUGGGGACAUCACCUUGGGGCAUCACCCGUUUAACUUCACUGUCUUCCACCACACCACGAGCUCAGAGCUCGGGGCUGUGUCCUCUCUCUGGAACAAGUGCCAAAAUCAUCAGCCAGUCGCCCUGCCCUGCUCUUAACAUCACAUGUAAUAGCAGGGAUGGAUAAAGGGGAUGGGAGCUGCCCCCAGCCCUCCAUCCCCAGCCAUCCCUGCAGCCAGCCUGGGGCUGCACACGUGGGUUCUGCUCAAUGGGCAAGGAGGGUCCGGAGGGGUGUAGGGAUUCCACCAACCACCUUUGGGGACUUCAGCAUCCCAACGUAGCCAGCUCAGGAGCUGUCUGUGAUUACGGGGAGGCAGCCGUUGCUCCGGAAGGUCCUGGCAGGUGAGAGGUGGGGGUUUUCUGGCUGCACACCCCUGGUGUGUGGGGUGAGGGCAGCCCUCCUUCCAGCACCCUCCACCCAUCAGGGAUUUAAGAAAGAAAAAAAAACAAAACAAAAAAAACAGAUUGCUGCUUCCGACUCUGCUUCCAGCAUGUUAUGGGUUUGAAGAGUACGUUUAAUAAAGGGUAUCUUACGUCCA